UAAAACAGAAAAAAAAAAAAAAAAAUGGAGCAUUCCCUUUGUUUUAGACCCUUUGCUCUACAAUUUAUGAUUUUGGUCCUCUGUGUUUUGAACAUUAGUGUUCAUGCAAGUGAUUUUCCUUUAACACUUGAUUACUAUGCUAAAACGUGUCCAACUGUGUUUGACAUGGUGAGGAAAGAAUCAGAAUGCGCCGUGCUCUCCAAUCCUCGCAACGCGGCGUUGAUAAUUCGCCUACAUUUCCAUGACUGUUUUGUUCAGGGAUGCGAUGCCUCAGUUUUGCUAGAUGACACAAUAAGCCUGAAAGGAGAGAAGAAAGCUGCUCCCAACAGAAACUCUUUGAAAGGUUAUGAUAUCAUUGAUAAGAUCAAAAACAUGGUUGAAUCAGAGUGCCCUGGGAUUGUCUCAUGUGCUGAUAUUCUCACUAUUGCAGCCAGAGAUGCUGUGAUUUUGGUUGGUGGACCAUACUGGGAUGUUCCUGUGGGAAGAAAGGAUUCAGUGACUGCAGGGCAUGAUCUUGCGGAAUCAAAUAUUCCCACACCAAACCAGUCCCUUCUUUCACUCAUUUCCAAGUUUCUUUAUCAAGGUCUCUCUGUUACUGAUAUGGUAGCCCUUUCAGGAUCCCACACGAUUGGGGUGGCACGGUGCACAAACUACCGAGACAGGAUUUAUGGCGAUUUCCGAGCAACAACCAGGCUGAAUCCGAUCUCUGAACCAUACCUCGCAAAAUUGAAAUCUAGUUGCCCUAAUAAUGGAGGUGACAACAACAUAACAACAUUGGACCAUGUCACACCAAACCUUUUUGACAAUUCAUACUAUCACAUACUAUUAAAAGGAGAAGGACUUCUUAACUCAGACCAGGAAUUGUAUUCAAGUGUUUUUGGUGUUCAAACUAAGGAGCUUGUCAAGAAGUAUGCAGCCGAUCCGAUCACUUUCUUCCAACAGUUCGCCGAUUCGAUGGUGAAAAUGGGAAAUAUUCUGAAUCCAGAGAGCUUUGUUACAGGGGAAGUUAGAAAAAAUUGCAGAUUUGUUAACACAUGACGAGCUGAAGUUAAUUUUUAGUCCCUCAUAAGUCACAGAAAUAUUUCAAUAUGAAUUUAUAAAUGUUUGUUGUAAUGAGAAAUAUCUUAUGUUUUUUCAUAAAACAAUCACUGCUGGGAAUUAAUUGUUUCUACAUAUUCAUUUAUAGA